AUGUGUCCACAAGGCAUGUGCUGUUCUCGCUAUGGAUUUUGCGGUACAACAAAAGAAUACUGCGGUCUUGGAUGUCAAAAUAACUGCAUGAAAACAUCAGAGACAAAAAUUACUUCCCCAUGUCCCGGUGCAAUGACAAGAUCUAUUGCAUAUUACGAAAGCUGGGCAAGCCAUCGCAUCUGUAACAAAUAUAUGCCAUCGGACAUCGAUCCAACACACUAUACACAUAUCAACUUUGCCUUUGCCCUUAUUGACGACAAUGGGGAAGUCAUGCUAUCUCUCUCCAACGACACCAUGUUGUUCGAUCAAUUAAAAAAUGUUCGCAACAAAAGCCUUGAUAAUGAUUUAGAGUUAUGGAUCGCAGUGGGCGGAUAUGCCGUGGGAUCAGCACCGUUUACUAAACUCGCUGCUACACAGCAGGGUCGCAGUGUAUUCAUCGAUUCGGUAUGCACUUUUAUGGAUAAAUAUGGUUUCACAGGUAUGGAUCUCGACUGGGAGUAUCCGGCCGCGGGGGACACUGGUGGAACGACAGCAGAUACUGCCAACAUGGUAUUACUGGUGAAGGAAUAUCGCGACAGGUGUAAGAAUAUGGGUCUGAGCGUGACAAUCCCUGGAGGGACCUUUUAUAUGAAAGGAUUUGACCUCAAAGGACUGCAGCCCUACGUUGACUGGCUGAACGUCAUGGCCUACGAUCUCCAUGGAAGCUGGGAAAACCCUACCAUCGCGGCACCGCAUACCAAUCUCUCAGAUAUUCAACAGUCAUUACAACUUGUCUGGAAUGCAGGAGUAAAUCCAGGAAAAGUUAUAUUGGGCCUUGCAGAUUACGGACAGACAUAUACGCUGUCUAGUGGCUCAUGCACGAAACCUGGCUGCGCUGCUACCGGUCCUGGACUAGCAGGGCCAUGUUCCAACGAAGCAGGAAGUUUGCACAAUGCUGAAAUUGACGCAAUCUUGGAGCAACAUACGGAUAUCAAACCCCAGAUCGAUAAGAAAGCGGCCAUCAAAUACUUUUCCUGGGAUAAGACACAAUGGGUUUCGUACGAUGACAAAGAGACCUGGCAGCUCAAAAAGCAAUACGCUGCGGAUAAAUGCCUGGGUGGAACUCUGGAGUGGGCGGUAGAUAUGAACGCCAUUCAAUCAAAAGACAGGAAAGACGACCUGUGA